ACUGGGAACGGUGGUGGUCGUGUAAGUUUAAAUAUACGCGUAUAACUCAUAAGAGCCGGGUGUUGUUUUUACCUGAUGAUGAUAAUGAUAAUAAUAGGACGAGAAAUUUAAAAAAAAAACGCCAAUACCAAAAAAAUUUUAAAAAAAAAAGUUUUCUAAAUUCCGUGUUUGUGUGUGUGUUUUUGGUAGUAACAAGAUUUGUCAAAAAUUUAGCUUUUUUAAUUUUUUACAAUAAUGUAAAUCAUAAAACACAUCUUUUCUUCAUGAAGAAGAGAGAAUUUUUGUGUUUUUCUUUCUCGGCAUCAUCGUUGAAAACAGAUCAACUGCGGUCCACCGCCUACACACAUAUAUACAUAUAUCGUGUGUGUAACCGGAUGCCAUCGGCGGACCCAAACGUCGUAGACGCGUUGUUGCUCUCUCUCAUCUCACCGAUUUUUCUUUUAUAACCAAUAAAGAAGAAAAGUUUUUCUUUUUUCUCCCCCCCCCCCAAAAAAAAAACCCCGUUUUUAUUCAUCACAGCCUCCUUGGAUUAUCGAGGCUAUUAAUUCCCUCCCCACUCCUUUAAUAUUGGCACACAAGACAAGUUGUGAAAAAAAAUUUUGUUUUUCAAAAAAAAAGAGCGCAAUUUUCGCGCCAAUAGUAGUGUGCCGUGUAGUGCAUGCCGGGAAGAAUAGUGUCCAAUCAUCAUGAGCCAAGUUUUUUCGUGCGAAUUACAAAACUUAAUCAAGUGAUAAUAUUUUUCUUUCUUUCAUUCAUUUUUUUGUGGGUGUUUACAUGAAAUUUAAGUGUAAGGGAGUGAGAGUGGUGUGGGUCAAUUAUUGUGGCCGAAGACCAUUUUACGGGUCCUGGAUUACGAGGUGAUUUUUUUCGAUCAGAAGAAGAAAAAGUUUUUUUUUUUUGUUUUUUUUUUAUGAGGAAAAAGUUGACAAUAAAAUAGUUGCAGCAAAUUUUUUCUAAAAAAAAAAAAUUGUGGGGGAAAAUAAUUCCCCACUAGGAAUUAAAAAAAAAAAGAAAAAUCAAAAAUAUUGAUAAUACGCCGCUCGGGGCAGAUGCAUGACGGAUCAUGACCGCUGCGUCCGGUCCAACAGGGAUCCUAGCGGGACGCCCUUCUGUUUGUCAGAGCCAGUCGCAAAAUGCAACUGACAACACUAAGACCAAUAAUAACAACAACAAUAAUAACAUUAACAACAAGCAAUUGGCAAUUCUUAAAAGUGAUGAAAUCAGACAUAACUCGGAUCUUUAUAUCAGGACAAGUUGGACAGAUGCAAAAAUUGCCUUGGAUCAACUUGAGAAGGGCAAAGCGGAAGGUGAAAAAUCGAAAAUAUGGUUCCGGGCCUACUUUCAAAAGGAGCUGAGUCAGCUGGGUAGGUUUGAGCAUAAGCAUGCGGGCAAGGUCAUUUUCGUCGCGAUUGUGGCGCUGACAGUUUUCUUUGUGGGCAUUAAAUCCAGCCAGAUUCAUCACAAGGUCGAACAACUAUGGAUACCACAGGGUGGAAGAUUGGAGAAGGAAAUGUUGUAUGCGGCCGAAACUCUCGGAGAAGCGACAACAUCGACACAACAGCUGGUUAUUCAAACGCCCCGGGUGCCAGGGGCAAAUGUUUUACAACCUGCGGCCCUGUUAGAACACUUAGAGGUGCUCAAAGUGGCGACACAAGUCACAGUCGACUUAUACGAAAUAACGUGGAGGCUGACUGACUUUUGUUACGCCCCAAGUAUACCAAGCUUUGAAGAACAUUUCGUCGACGAGAUUUUCGAUCGAAUUGUACCCUGUUCGAUAAUUACACCUCUUGACUGUUUUUGGGAAGGAAGCAAACUUUUGGGACCUACUCAUCCAGUUACAAUAGGAUUUCCAACGACAAAUGUUCUUAAAUGGACACACUUGAAUCCAACACGUCUGCUCAAGGAGAUCAAAAAAAUGAAUGUAGUUUUCGAUUUCGAUACAUUGGAAAUCUAUAUGAAGAGGGCGGGCAUCACGUAUGGAUAUCAAGAGAAACCAUGUUUGAAUCCAGAGGACAGCGAUUGUCCUCAUUCGGCGCCAAAUAAACAAACAAAAUUGCCUCCGGAUAUUGGAACGGAAUUGACUGGCGGUUGUUAUGGAUUUGCAGCGAAGCACAUGCACUGGCCAGAGGAAUUGGUCGUAGGUGGAGCAAAACACAAUAGAACGGGUCACAUCAUCAAGGCGGAGGCUUUGCAAACUGUUGUUCAAUUAAUGGGCGAACGAGAAUUCUACGACUAUAUGAAUAAUCAUGCAAGAGUUCGUCUCAUUGACUGGUCACAGGAGAAGGCAACAAAAAUCCUCGAAACUUGGCAAAGGGCUUUCAGUCGUGAAGUUCAACAACGUUUUGAUCUUAAUAUCACCGAGGACUAUAAUCACUAUGCCUUUAGCACAAUCACACUCAAUGAUAUCCUUAAAAAAUACAGCGAAGUCAAUUACAGCGCCGUUAUUAUUGGUGGUGCAAUUAUUUUCCUAUAUGUUGGAGUAGUCCUCUAUCGUCGCGGUGAUCCAGUACGUUCACAAUCGGGUAUUGGAAUUGGUGGCGUAAUUCUUGUGUACGCUGCCGAAGCAUCGGGAUUGGGUUUUUGUGCCAUUAUUGGAACACCCUUUAAUGCAGUGACAACAAAAACAUUACCAUUUCUCAAUGUUGUAUUGGCUGUCUCGGAUAUUUUCCUUCUGACACAUACCUACAGUGAAUUAUCAAUGAACGGCGUUCAUCGCAGUGAACAAACGGGUGUUAUUUUAAAACGUACUGGACUUGCUGUUUUUCUCACUCGACUUUGUUCGGGUGUUGCAUUCUUUUCAUCAUGGUUGAUACCAAUACCAGCGUUAAGGAUUUUUGCACUUCAGGGGGGAAUUUUAAAUCUUUUUGGGCUUGCGGCAAUAAUGCUAAUAUUUCCAGCGAUGAUGAGUCUCGAUUUACGACGUCGACGUUCGGGACGUUCGGAUAUAUUUUGCUGUUGUGUACCAUCGGUGUCGACGGAAAUAAAAAUUCACAAUAAUAAACUAUUAAAUAAUGUGAAGGCAAAACAGGCUGUGACACGAGCAAUACCACCAGAGAGACGUGAGACUUGUACGCAAAUUUUAACAACUGAUAAUCAACAAAAUGAAUAUUGGAUCGGUGGUAAUGUGAUUGAUGAUGAUAAAUGUUCUGAGGAGGAUAGAUUGACAGGAUGCUCACAGGAUAAUUGUCUAAGGUUCUCGUUAACGUGUUGGGUGAGAGAGAUUUAUGCGCCAUUUUUAACAAAACCAAUAACAAAAGUAGUGGGAAUGGUGCUUUUGGGUUUAAUUCUUACAGUUAGUCUUUGGCAAGCAACGCGUGUUAAAGAUGGUUUAGAUUUAGCUGAUAUUGCACCGCAAAAUUCUGAUGAACACGCAUUUCUCACUGCUCAGACAAAACAUUUUGGUUUCUAUAGUAUGUUCGCUGUGACUGGCGGUGAUAUUGAAUAUCCAUAUAAACAAAAAUUACUACAAGACUAUCAUGAUGCAUUUAUGAGAGUUAAGAAUAUUAUUAAAAAUGACAAUGGUGGACUACCGGAUUUUUGGUUAAGUCUUUUUAGAAAAUGGCUACAAGGAUUGCAAACGGCUUUCGAUAAGGAUUAUAAAAAGGGAUUAGUGAAUGCCGAGGGUUGGCAGAAGAAUGCAACGCACGAUACAAUAAUGGCCUAUAAACUACUUGUUCAAACUGGUCAUGUUGAUAAUCCAAUUGAUAAAUCGUUGAUAAAUCAAGUGCGACUUGUUAAUUCCGAGGGUAUUAUUAAUCCAAGGGGAUUUUAUAAUUAUUUGAGUGCAUGGGCAUCGAAUGAUGCACUUGCUUAUGGUGCUUCACAGGCAAAUAUUCGACCAAUGCCAAAAGAAUGGUUCUUCAGUAUUGAUCAUGAAUUGAAAAUUGAAAAAAGUUCACCAAUUGUUUAUGCGCAAAUGCCAUUUUAUUUACAUAAACUCACGGACACUGUUCAAAUAACACAAAUGAUACAUAGUGUGAGAAAAAUUUCCAAACGAUUUGAAGAACGUGGAUUGCCAAAUUUUCCCUCGGGAAUACCAUUUUUAUUUUGGGAACAAUAUAUGGAUUUACGAACAUGUUUAGCUUAUGCAUUAGGUGCAGCAUUAUUUGUCAUUACAAUAAUCACUUCAAUUCUUCUAAUGAAUCUUUGGGCUGUUUUACUUGUACAAUUUUAUCUCGCUGGAGUUGUUAUACAACUUCUUGGUAUAAUGGGAUUAUUUAAUAUUAAUCUCAGUGCCGUUCCAGCAGUUCUUCUUAUAGUGAGUGUGGGAAUAUCAAUUCCUUUUGUUAUUCAUUUUUGUUUGGCAUUUGUAACGACAAUCGGUGGUCGUGAUCGACGAACAAAACUUGCAUUAGAAUAUUCAUUUGCUCCUGUAUUACAUGGCGGAAUGACGACACUAUUGUCUGUAAUGAUGUUGGCAUUUUCGGAAUUUGAUUUUGUUGUACGUUAUUUCUUUUUGAUAUUAUUUUGCGCUGUUAUUGUUGGUAUGGUGAAUGGUUUCUUUUUCUUUCCAAUUUUACUAUCAUUAAUUGGACCAUCGGCGGAAAUAAUUCCAAAUGAACAUCCCGAUAGAAUAUCAACACCAACGCCACCAGCGUCGCCAAUUGUUAGACGAAUAAAAGCACCGCCAGCGCCGCGACGUUCACAUAAAAUUGAUAAUUCACGUGUGCACAAUGAAAAUUCAUUAACAACAAUAACAGAGGAACCAAAUUCAUGGCACAGUACACAGGAGUCGUGUAAUAUUAUUGUUCAACCUGAAGUUAAAGUUGAAACAACAACAACGACAUCAUCCACGUGUAACAAUCAGAACUGUAGCGGAUCUGAUUCAAAUGGAUGUAACACAUCAUCUGGACCAUCAACAUCUCAUAUCACGACUAAAGUCACAGCCACUGCCAACAUCAAAGUCGAACUUCACACCAUAGGUGGAAUUGAUCGUGGGGACAAGUGUCGACACUCAAGUUCCAGCCGAAGGGGCGCUCGCUUUACUACAAAUCUUACUGCGGAGUCUUCCAGCUCGAGUUCCGAGCAGGAUUCUGACUUCAGUUCGAACAACAAACAUUAAAAAUGAUCGGCAGCUACUGCUCAAGUACCACGCAAAGCGAGAACACACAGAAGGCUGAUUAGGUUAGAUUUAAUAAUAUUUUUUUUUAUCACUUUAAGUAAAUUCGACGCAAUUUUUUGCUUGUCGAUAAUUGUUCGACAAGCGAGAAAAAAAGAAAAGAAAAAAAAAAAGAAAAGUAUUAUUCAAGAAAGAAAAUUUCUUUCUUUAUUUCAACAAUAAAAGUUUCUCUUUUAACGAAAAAAAGGAUUUUUUUUAAAGAAAGCUUCAAAAAAAAAAAAUUAUUGAAAUUUUUUUUAGUCAUAAAAAAUGUGCUUUUUAAGAAGAAACAUUUUCUUCAAAACGUAAAAUCCUAUUACUCAAAAAAUAAAGCUUUUAUUUAGAAAAAAAAUCCCUCAAGAAAAAAAGAAGCUCUCUUUAAAUAUUCGAAGCUUUUUUUCUAAAAAAAAGAGAAAAAUAGAAGAAGAAGUGAAAGUCUCUUUUUCAAAAAAAAAAGAAGCUUUAAAAAAAGAGGUUCAAAACAAAAUUGAACAACUUUUGAAAAAAAAAAAUGAAACUAUUUUGUCAGAUAUUUUCUGUAUGUGCGUUUCUCUGUAAAUGAGAAAUUUUUUCUGGAACUAUACUAGAAAAACGUCGUUAUAUAUUCUUCGAUUUUUGGAAGAUGUGAGAUCAGCUGUUCUUGUUAACGGCGGCCAUUUUAAGCGGCACGUGACCAAAAAUUACAAUUUCCCGUGUUCCGUGAUUGUAAUUUUUUUUUUUUUGAAAAUUAACAAAAUUUGCAUUUAAUGUGAAAUAUUUUUUUUUAAACAAAUUGUAUUCAAGUUAUAAACAUAUGUGUGAAAAUUUUAUCUUUAUAUUUUUCCUAGGAAAAAUAUUUUUUUUUGAAAAAUAGAAAAUUUAUGAAAAUCAGAAAAAAUUUGAAUAAUUUUUCACAAAAGGCAUGCUUGUAAAAAUAUGCAAAUGCCAAUUAAUUUUUGUUUUAAAGUAAUAAAUGUAGUAAAAAAAAUUUUUUAUUCUUUAAAACGAAGAAAUUAAAUUUUUUAAUUUUCUUCACAUAAACGUUUACAACUUGAAGUACAUUGUCAAUUUUUGAAAGCCUAUUUUGAACAAAUUUUUUGUAAAAUAAAAGUUCUUGUGUUGUUUUUUUUUUUUUUUUAUUAUUAUUUUUUCUUUUAAUUUUUCCUGUAAAUUUCUGAAUCUUGAAGAAAGAUUUAUGUCAACGAAGACCUUGUGAGGUCGAGAAAUGUAAAUAUAUUUUAGUUUUUAGAAAGAGGUGCGAAACUAGUUAAAAUUUUUGUUACCAAUGGCAGUAUCGAGUUCGUUUUCAAGGACUUCAGAGUAGAAUAGAAUUUGUCUGAAAAAAAAUAAAAUCUCAAACUUAAAACCGUACAGUACUAAAUAUUCUCGAGAAAAAAAAAAUUGCAAAGAAUUUUGUGUUUUCUAAAAAGAACCAAUGAAUUUUUGUUCAUAUUUAAAAAUUAUUUUUCCCUCACUUUCCAAUUUAAUUUAAUUAAAUAAAUCGAUAUUUCAAAAUUUUCAUUUUUUAAAAAAUUCAUAUUUUUAAAAUUAAUAGAAAAUAUUGGUUGAAAAAAAAAUAUUUAUGUCAAUAUUUCGGUUUUAGGGUUGCGUUUUCUUUGGCAAAAAGUACUUGAAAGAUGUUUGUUUUUUUUUUAAAAAUAAAAAUGUGAAACUUGUAUUAUAAAGUGAAAAGGCGUGAAAUAAGAAUUAAAAAGAAAAUAACUAAAGAAAAAUGCCAUUAAGUGACAGGACUACAAAAAAGAAAAUGUAGCACCUUAUUUAUUUUAUGCCAACAAUAAUGAAUGAUUGUGACUCGAGUGAUUGUAAUUUCAAAUAUAUUUAUUAUUUAUUUCAUGAAUUCUCCUCGAUUUUUAAUAAUGUAUUUAAGAAUUUGUAAAUUUGUAUUUAUGUCUGCGUAGAUAAUAUAAUUUUUUUUUUAUAUAUAUAUAUAAAUGAAUUUUAAAGACGAUACUUAAUUUAAUGAAAUAAGUGUCCUUAGGCCGAAUCGUACCUCUAAAUGUAAAAAGUUGUAAUUUUAUAAUUCUUUUUUUUUUUUUUGUUUUUUCGAAAAAAAAUCGACAUUAAUGUUUGUCGUAAGCCGUAGAAGAAGAAGAAAAACUACUUUAUACAAAGUCAUUGUAUACAAAAUUAGUGUCUAAGAGUGGUAUUUAAAAAAAGGGACCACAUCAAAUUUUUGAAAAAUUAAUAAUUACAAUAUAGAUUAUAUUUUAAUCAAAUUAAAUUUUUGUUGUUCCAUUUAUUGAGGCAGUUUUAUCGUUAGAAUUUCUAGUCUUUAAUUUAUCAGUUAAUUUUUCCAUCAAAGAUCAUUUCUUGGCAAAGUUUAAUUAAUUUUUUCAUUUAAAAAACGCAAAAAAAAUUCCGUUUUGUCUAAAAAAAAAAAAAAAAAUUCAAGAAAUGAAAAACCGAAAAAUAGAGAGAAAAAAAAAACAAAUUUCUCUUGACUGAUUAUUAUUAUAUUAGAAAAUUGUCGAAUAUUUAUGAGAAAGACAAAAAAAAAAAAAAACAAGAUUAAUUGUUAUUAUUGUAUAUUGUCUCGAAGUUUUGAAUUUUAAUCUAUUUUAGUUAUAUAAAAUAUUUAUAAAAUUCAUUGUUCGAGAAAAUAAAGAUUUUAGAUAGGAAUUUAAAGCUUUAAAAUCUAUAAAGUAUUUUUGCAAAAUGAAUUUUUCAUUAGGUGAUUCAUUAAUAAUUGCGAUUCAUUUAAAUAUAAAUUUAAAUUAAAAUGAAUUUUUAAAAAAAGUAAAUAUAUAUAUAUAUAUGAAAAUAAAUUUACGAAAUAUGAACAUUUUUAUGAAAUUUAUUAAUAAUGCGAAAUAUGAAUUUUAGUAAAGAAAAAAAUUGAAAAUUGCUUUUUGGAAAUUUGAAGUGGUUCUAAUCAAAGAGCUGUCCUAUGUUAAACUUUAAAACUAUGUAUUAUAGAAACCAGAGAGCGAUUUUUUUUUAAUUCAAGAAGGAAAUAGUCAAUAUCUACCUUCACUAAGCCGGUUAAGUUGCACCAUGACUUAAUAUUUUAAUUAAUUCAAUAUGGAAGGUAAUUAUUUUUACGAAUCGAUGAUACGGAGAGUUAAUAAUUGUAUAAUGCAUUCAAAUUUUUUUUGUACAUAAAUAUAUCGACAUUGUAAUA